AUGUCAUUAUGCGGAGUAUCACAGUUGUUUAGUGAUGAACAUAAUGAAUGCCCAGCAGAAUGUCCAUUUUGGGCACCAAGCUCGGUAUGGAAAUACAUCGGAGUCUGUUCUGAGGUGGGAGUGUGCAAAAGAUUUAACCCGAUCCUGAAUUACGCUGAUUCUUACAAUAAUGUCUGUCUGCCGUGCAAAGUAUUCGGCUGCAUAUCGUGUAAAUACUCAAAUGAACCGGAUUCAAUGGUCCCAGUGACCGACACUUUAAAGAAAUUACCAGAUUACUGUAUAGAAUGCGCCAAGGGAUAUAAACGUUCAGAAGACGGAACGUCAUGUUACAUAGUUGGCUCAACUCUGUGGUCAAAAUUGUUCUACUUUAUCCUCAUAUAUCUUCUUAUCUGCAUAGCAAUUGUAACGAUAAGGAUUCUAGUUAACCGAGAUAAGUUCAAGAGUAAUUUCAGGAACCUAGUAAACGCACUAAAGAACCAGCAGAAAAAGCUUUUGAGAGAUUUCACUAGCCCAGAAAACAGAUUAUACAAACUUUUUACAGACUUGACGAAUCAAAAUCUUUCUGGCCUGGGACUGAUUUUGUACUUUAGAAGUCUAGGAUUUCUUGUAAUUGUGAUGUCACUUUUAUUCUUCGUAAGCCUAGCACAUGUGCACAUCCCAUGCUCUAACAUGAUAAGACUCUUUAAGGACCCGUUUCGGAUUUACUACUUCGCACGCGCCAACCACGUACCCCGCAGCUUUAUCGCAAACUUCUUCGCAAAAAACGCAAACAAACUCGUCGACGACAUCUUCAACUUCAAAAGUGUAGACGAAGCCAUCACGUGGAAUGUGACUCAAUACUCAAAUGAGAUUUCAGGAGUCAUGUAUGUCCUCUAUGUCUCAGUGAUGGUGAUGACAGUGGUCUACUUCGUCUCACAGCGUAGAGCAAUCAUCAAAUUCAUGAGCAAAUCCUCAAAAAUGAGAGAUUUAACCCUUGUAAUAAAGAACCUUCCAAGUUCACUAACUGACGAAGAACAAAUUAAAGAGAUGAUAUAUACAUGUACAAAUAUAAGACCAGUCACAGUAACAGUGUGUUAUGACCUGAAACGUGAAAAGAAACUCAUAUCAACCCUUGAUCAAACUAUAGAAGAUUUCAAUCAUACAAGUCAAACUAAUGAUUCAUACGUAUGUUCUAUUCUAUAUACACUUAUAAAUUUACAUAUUAAUAUUUAUACUAUUAAUAUUUAUACUAUUAAUGGUUGA